AUGACCGCCUUUCUUUUGUCGUCAUUCAGACACCAGGUGCAUUUAGGUGCACGCGACGGUCGAGGAGAAAUCUCUGUUGCAAAGGAAAAAGUGGCUUUUUCGCUCUGCUAUUCAAACCGUGUCUUGCUUGGCGCCAAGAUUGCCUAUUUGGGACUGCCAAGACGGGUAAUUUUCUGCAUUCUGGCCUAUUAUAGACAGAUACGCCGCGCCUUCCUCGCUUGCGGCGUUGGA